AUGCUACAUGCAUCGUUGAGAAACUUGGCGUAUCCAAGGUAUGAGUAUAUGAAAUUUGCCUAUGCUUGUAACUUACUAGUCAAUGAUAAUGCUAGGUACUGUGAAAGCAUAUCACCUUAUAAUACAAACCAUACAUGCCUUUGCAACAAUCCGAACUGGCUUGCAUCCGUAAUGGGUUGUCUUUCAUAUGGAGAAAAAAACACAUCAAAGUAUUUGAAUGGGUUAAUUAGAUAUUGUAUGCUCAAUGGUAAAGUUGAAUUGUCACCAGAGCAAUUAGCAAUAGCGUAUCAGAAUUAUCUUUCAAAUACCAAAACUGUUACUACUACUGCCAACACCAACACCAAUACAUCCAAGAUAAUCGACCACCCCGUGGUCCUAAAUUCUCAAGACAGCAAGUUAUACAGAGAUGCUUAUGAUAAGUUUCUUGGCAACUAUGACGACUCGGUUUAUUAUGGGUUAGGUAUAUAUGGCUACUUUACAGUUAUCUUUAUUAUAUCUUCAAUUACUAACUGGACGAGGUAUUUAAAACCAAGGACAAUCCGAAAAUCCACAUCUCCUUUUGUUAACUUUAUUAGGGCAAAAAUUACUGUGCCAGCCUUGAUUGGCAAGUGCAAAACCCAAGCAAAAUCCCUUGGUCGAGUUGAGUUUCUCAUACCAUCGAGACUUGAAACACUUGUGCUUUUCGGAUUCUUGAUCGUUGUUGUUAUUAUGGUGUUCACAAAUACAAACACUAUCGAAAACGACCCUGUACUAGGUACUGAGACAGCUGCUCGCUUGAGAUACGUUGUUGACCGUUGUGGUAUUAUGUCAAUUAUGAUGAUGCCGUUGGUUUUUCUAUUUGCAGGAAGAAACAAUAUUUUGCAGUGGGUGACUAGAUGGCAGUAUUCAAGGUUUGUAACUAUACAUAGAUGGACUGCAAGAGUUAUGUUUUGUUUGAUUAUAGUUCAUGCAUUUGGCUAUAUUAACUUGAUGGGCAAAUUCUUCAUGCAUGAACUAACAAAGGAAUAUUUGCAAGCGGGGACAUUGGCAGCAGUAGCUGGUGGAACAAUGCUCAUACAAGGAUUGCUUUACUUGAGAAGAAGGUUUUAUGAACUUUUUCUUUUGUUACAUAUUGUUUUGGGAAUGGUAUGGCUUGGGGGGAUUUGGAUUCAUGUGAAUGAAUUGGGAUAUGCAUCUUUUGUCUACCCAGUUGCAGCUGUGUGGCUUUUGGACAGAUUUAUUAGAUUAGUCCGUUUGUUUCUUUUUGGCUUUCCCUUGGCGGAUGUUACUUUGGUCUCAGAUGAAACGGUGAAAGUGAUUAUCCCAAGCCCAAGAUAUUGGGUAGCAGCAGCACCACCUACCAGUUACGCUUUUAUUCAUUUUAUUCGUCCCGCUUGCUUUUGGCAGUCACAUCCAUUCACAUUUAUAGACUCUGUUGUAGAAAAUGGAUUUAUUCACUGUUAUUGUCAAGUCAAAGGUGGCAUGACUAAUGGUUUAUAUCAAUAUUUGGCAGACCAUCCAGGAAAGUCAGCAAAAAUCAGAGUAGGAGUUGAAGGACCUUAUGGAAUUAGUACACCAGCAAGUCAUGCCGAUUCAUGCAUCUUUAUAUGCGGUGGCACUGGAGCUCCCGGUGUUUUCAAUGAGGCGAUAAGAAUGAGCGAUGUUGCUGCCCACAGUAUAAAGAUGGUUAAAUUUAUUUGGAUUGUGAGAGAGAUCAAAUCGCUCCAGUGGUUUUUCGAGGAGUUACGGAUAUUAUCAAAAACAAAUAUCCAUGCUACUAUUUACAUAACGAGACCGCACACCUCUUGCAAUGGUAGUGAUUGUUCUGGCCCAGUUGAAAAAAAAAUUGAAACCAAGCAGUCUGGGGAAAUAUACAGAGACAACGUUUUUUACUCUACAAAAACUAAUAAUAGUAAUCAACUAUCCUCAGAAAUAGCCAGAAAGGAAUUAAACCAUAUUAGGUUUAUUGAGGGAAGACCAACAAUUUCGAAAUUAGUAGCUUUUGAAGUUGAUCAAUGUCUACAUUCGGUGGCAUUUGUUGCUUGCGGCCAUCCCUUGAUGGUAGACGAUGUGAGAAGUGCAGUUGCUCAAAACGUGAACAAUGCUGGCCAUAAACGUGUUGACUAUUAUGAGCAACUUCAAGUAUGGUCGUAA